CUUGUGAACCAGAGUUGAUGCCGUCAUUUCCACAGUAUCGUUUAAAACGCAAUGCUUCUCCAGGCGAUGACACUGCUCGAGGACUAGUUGCUCCAGUGAAUCCUAUCCAAGAGGCGUCAUCAGGACAUUUUGAUGCUACUUUUGAUAGAAUUUUGAGCCCCUUGUUUAUUAUUAUGCGCAAGUUUUGGGCCUGA